AUGUUGAGAUUAAAUAUAGUUAAAUUAUAUAAUAACAGUCAAAGUGUUAUUAAUAACAGAUUUUUAACUACCACUUUAAAUCAACAUAAUAGUAGUAGUAGUAGUGGUAUAGGAACAUUUUCACAACUAUCAUCUUUAUCAUUAUUUUCAAAUAGAUAUUGUACUAAUAGUAACAAUAGUAGUAAAAGUAAUGAAACAACAAUAGAUAAUAAAGUUAGAGUUAGAUAUGCACCGAGUCCGACUGGUAUGAUGCAUUUGGGUGGUUUGCGUACCGCUCUCUUUAACUAUCUAUUCGCAAAGAAGAACAACGGUACUUUUAUUCUGAGAAUAGAGGAUACCGAUAGAGCGAGAACCGUAGAGGGUUCAGCAAAGAAUCUAGAGGAUUGCUUAACGUGGGCAGGUAUUCCCUAUGAUGAAGGACCUGCUCGUCCAGCCACUCACAUCGACAUACCUUCGUAUGUGCAAUCCGAACGACUCGCUAUCUACCAGCAGCAUGCCGACCGUCUCCUUGAACAAGGCUAUGCAUAUCGAUGUGUAUGUACACCGGAGGAACUAGAGAAUGCACGUAAUCUAAAGGCAAAGAAAGGUGCAAUCAUGCCGGAGCGAUGCUCGUGUGCCAGCAUGCAAGAUAAGAUCCGAGCGGAGGCGAAACCCGGUGAAUUCACCAUUAGAAUGAAGGUACCGAGCGAUAAGACAACAAAAUUCACAGAUGUCGUCAAAGGAAACGUACAAUUCAGUAAUCAACAGAUAGACGAUCAGAUUCUGAUGAAAUCCGACGGAUUUCCAACCUAUCAUUUGGCAUCGGUGGUCGACGAUCAUCUCAUGGGUAUAACACACAUCAUCAGAGGUGAAGAAUGGUUAAACAGCACACCAAAACACAUUCUACUCUACGAGUAUUUCGGUUGGAAAACACCUGUAUUUGCACAUCUACCAUUACUCUUAAACUCUGAUAAAUCAAAACUAUCGAAAAGACAAGGUGAUGUUUCUGUUGAUAGUUAUAUAAAUAAAGGAUAUUUACCUGAAGCAUUAGUUAACUUUGUUGCACUAUUAGGUUGGUCACCCUCUGAAUCAAACAAAGAGAUAUUUACAUUGGAUGAAUUAGUUGAUGGUUUUACUUUGGAAUCGAUUAAUAAAUCUGGUAGUGUUGUUAAUAUUGAGAGAUUAGAUUGGAUGAAUGUUAAUCAUAUUAGAUUGUUGCUGGCAAACGACGAUAGUUAUUUGGUGUUGGCAAAACAGAUUAAAGAUAGUUUGGUUCAACGGUUGGCUAUCGAUGAAUCGUCUAUUGAUGAUGGAUAUCUAAAGAGAGCGAUUCAUUGUAUUAAGGAGCGUAUUGUGAAGAUCGAUGAAUCCUAUACACUGUUGGCACCGUUUUUCGUACAUCCACAGAUGAACAGUGAACAAGCAAUGAAGAUGAAAGAGAAGAUUUGGAAGUCAGACGUGUCACCUGCACAAGCAAACCAGCUAUUACAAAAUCUAAGUGAAUUGGAUGAAUCACAAUAUCAAUCCGAUGUAAUCUAUCAAACACUUCAAUCCACUGCAAGAACAUUAUACCCAGAGUUAAAAACCGACAAAGAAAUCACUGGAAAAACCAACCAACUUAUGUCUGUCCUACGUUAUUUGAUUACUGCUAAUCCGACCGGUGGUAAUUUACCACUAACCAUCGAAACACUUGGUAAAUCGAAAACAUUGGAAAGAAUCAAUCAUUCUUUAAAUCAAAUAUAA